AUGCUGCCCUUCUUGUUCUCGUUCGCCAACGCCCACCUCCCACAACAACAACCACAACCACCACCCAGUUUCCUCAUCCUCCGCUGGUCGUUUGUUGUUUCCAUUAUUCGGGGCCUCGUUGUUGUGGGCGCAAUUGUCACAAUUGUCAGAUACGCACCCCGACUUUCGCACCGCUGCCUUCGCACCGGCAACGCCAUACGCCACACCUUCGGGACAAGGAGCAGCGGUGGGUGCCUGCUGCUUGCCAAGGCAACCUACAUUGACAACACCAGCAUCAAGCGAGAACAGGCCGGCAGACAGGCUGGCACCACCAGUGUUCGCCCCGCACCCCACUCACCAAGGGUACAGAACAUCUCCAAGGCAACCUACAUUGACAACACCAGCAUCAAGCGAGAACAGGCCGGCAGACAGGCUGGCACCACCAGUGUUCGCCCCGCACCCCACCUCAGCCAACUGAAACACAGCAACACCAACGACGGCGACGCAGCAGGCGACAGACGAACAGCGAGCACUUGA